UUGACCUUCAUUUACUCCUCCCUCUCACUCGCUCCGCUUUUCUCGUUUGAGCUCUCUCGAGCUCAACCUUGUUUCAGGUGACUAGGCUAGCGAUUAAGAUUUCAGUCACCGCCAUUGAUGGAGAGCAAAGAGGCGUCUCCACCGACAGAUCCAAAAACUCUUUCCGCUUCUUCACCAACGACGCCGCUCGCUUCAUCUCCACCAGAUCGGAAGCAGGAAUUCGCCACCAAUUUCACCAAGAUGUACCAUUCGAUUUUCCCGCAGAUGUCUACUCUCCCGAACUCCCUCUCCCUCACGCCAUCCCCGUGCUCUGUAUCCUCCUCGGCCACCGACGACUUCCAUCUCUCCGCUGACGACGUAGCCAUUGAACGCCGCCUAUGCCAGGCUCGUCUCAUUCUUGAGUACCAGGAGCUUUGUGAUCACUACAAUCUCUGCGUCGAUCGCCUCCAGAGGCUCAACAGAGAGAUCGAUUCCCUUCGCCAAGAGAACAACGAUCUCCGUCUGACCAAUGCGGAACUCAUCAAGCUCACUAGCCUCUCCUCUCAGCCAGCGAUGCAGAGCCUCUCACUCCGGGGUGCUCGCGCGAGUCAUCUCAGUGAACAGCUUGUCUCCGAUUUCAACCAUACCAACACGAUCGAGAACCGAUUCGAAAGUAGGAGAAGUGUAGAACGAUAUACUUUGCCGAAGAGCAUCUCAGUCCGUUCCGGUGGCUUUCUGCAGAUGAAACCUGCCAGUCCAAGCAAUGACGGUACGAGUCGCGUGCCGAGUGUGCCUCGAGUCGCGAGUCAACUCAUCCCUGGAUCUCAGCGCGUGUUUGUGCCAAGCAAGAAGACAGAGGAGGAUGCGGCAGAGUUCGAUGUCUACAAUCAAGGCAUGUGGAAGACGGAGCUGUGCAACAAGUGGCAAGAGACCGGCACAUGUCCUUACGAUGACCACUGUCAGUUCGCUCACGGUCUCUCCGAGCUGCGUCCGGUCAUCAGGCAUCCAAGGUACAAAACCGAGGUCUGCAGAAUGGUUCUCGCCGGUGACACAUGUCCUUACGGUCACAGGUGCCAUUUCCGCCACUCACUCACCGAGCAGGAGAGGCUGGUGGUCCCACGUUAAUUGUCAACCGUCACGCCAUGCAUCAAGGUUUGUUCAAGAUUGGUAUAUUGGUUUGAGCUUAUAUAAGUAUACAAUGGAUUGGAUUGUGAGGAAGUUAAACCCAAUAAAAGUACAUAAAACUGAUCAUAAUUAGAGAAAAAAGAGAAAGAAAUAGGAAGAUAAUAAAAUAAAAAAGAAGUCCCACAUAAAACGAAAUGUCCAGAGUUUGUAAUGAUUGAUAUUUUGUUAUGCAACAGCACCAACUUGGGUUUCAAGUUUGUUAUCACUCGUCUCUCUCAUAUGGUUGAUUACUUGAUUUAGAUUCUCGUAGAGGGUGUCACGUGUGUGUUGAUUAUAUAUGGGCCGGCCGAUCCAGUUUGUUAUACUCAUAUCUAUCUAUCUACCAUUUGGUGGUGUAGACGUGUAGUAAUGUUGAAUCCAUGCAGCUGUAAGUGGAUUUUUUUUUUUAUAUUAAU